AUGGAUUUAUUUAUUCAUCACAAUAAUUUCGGAUCGGGAGGAGAAGAAGGAUCUUCACAAUUAAUUAGAGAAAAAUCCUUUGGAGAUUCAGUGAUGAUUUGUAUGACUGGACAAUGUGCUCCGAAUUCUACUAAAUCACAUCUUCAAAUUCCCUUCUUUCUUGCUGAUAUGACUGAUGCUGGCGGAGAGAGUUUGAGUUAUUCAUCCAGUGGAUUUGUAAUUAAAUCUAAUAAGGAGGAAAAUACAUAUUUUGUCAUUACGAGUGGAACAUUAUUGUCUCCGUUUAUUUCUAAUAUUUCAAAACAGAGUGAAGAAGGAAGUAUUGUGGAAAUUAUACCAAAAUUAAAUUGUAAAGUGACUAUUACUCUACCAAAUGGAGAUAUGUUAUUUAAUGAAAUUCUUCCUUCACAAGUGAAACGAUUUGGAAAAGUGCCUAAUCUUAAACUGUCUCAUAAUUCAGUGAGCUCAUUUGUCAAGUCGGAUAUUCAAUUAAUGGGAUUAUUUUCACAUACUACUACUGAUAAAUAUAUUCAUCAAAUGACUAAUCAAUUACAAGGUUGGUAUUGGGGCCAUCCAUUGGUGAGGAAGGGAAAUCAGAAUGUUGGACAUACUCUUAAAUCCUCAUUCAAGGAACCUCAUUCUAAAUUUGAUGACCAACAAAUGCCAAAUAAUUCUGUGGAAAUACCUUCUUCACUGAUUACACCAUCAACUAUGGCUGUUUUCAAGAUUAAAAACUGUGAAAGUUUGAAAAACUAUGCAGUUUCCAUACCAGAUGUGGAAUAUAAUGGAGAUUUUCUUUCACAGGGAGAUGAUUUAUUCAUUGUUUCAUCUCCUUUCGGAUUACUUUCACCUCAUUCCCUUUCCAAUCAUUUAACAAAAGGAAUUAUUUGUAACAAGAUUAAUAACAAUAAUAAUUCUCAAAAUUUGGCCAUCAUUACAGAUUGUCAGAUACAUCCAGGAAGUGAAGGAGCUCCAGUCUUUGCGAGAGUAAUUACACAAACCAAGUGUGUAGGAUUUUGUACCUUACCUGUUCGUUCUAUAUCCUCGAGUAAUGGAUUGAAUAUUGUAAUUUCCAUUGAUCCUUUUGUAAAACUAUUGAGAGAAAAAUUUAUUGGAACAUCACCUAAUAUUAUUCUUCCAGUUAUGGAUAAAUCAAAUGAUAUUUACAAUAUUACCAGAAAUAAGAUUGCACUCAUAAUAAUUAAUAAUACUUGGGCAACUGGAAUCUUAUUGACCCAUACUGGUUAUAUAAUGACUAAUUCACAUGUGAUGGCACCUUUCAUGCAACAGAAGGAGGAUGGCACCUUUUUCUUACCUGAUCACCUUUCAAUCGUUGUUCAAUUGGAUUAUGAUUUGAGGGAUAACGAAAAGAGUCAUAAAUUCCAUCAGGCAGAUUUGAUUCUUUAUUGCAGCUCUGGUCCAGUAAGUUGA